GAAAAACGCAGAGAGCUGAAAUUUGAUGGUCGCCUAGAAAAAGAGCUUUCUGAAACUUACGCAUUUCUGAUGGUUGAUCGAUCUCAGAUCCAAAACAUAUGUGAAAAGGGGCUGCAGGUGGGCCACUCCAAAAUAACGAUUCUCGGCAGCCCUUCCAUGGGUGUGUAUAUCUCCAGGUAUGCUGAUUUAUUGCAGCCUAAUCCCCUAGAAGCUGGAGCAACUGGAGAUGUGAUUGUUUUUAAAAUAAUAAAGGGAAAAAUGAAAAGCAUAUACGACCACAUUGGUAUGAAAGCAAUGGAAUCAACAGUGAAGAGUGUGUUAGAUCCAACACCAAAGCAUGAGUGUCAUGUUUCAAAGAAUGCAAAUAAAGUAACCUCCUUGUUGGCUUAUCGAGCCUAUGAACUUACUCAGUACUAUUUUUAUGAAUAUGGCUUUGAUGAGAUAAGACGAAGACCAAGACAUGUUUGUCCUUAUGCUGUGGUUUCAUUUACUUAUAAAGAUGAAAUGGUGCAAGUACCAAAAUUCUUGCCCCCGUCAAGAUCAAACAGCUUCAACACAGAUAGAAGUACAGAUAAAUCUAACUUUACAUUAUGGAGGGGGCAGCUUUGGAAUAGAGGCAAACUUUUGUGCCACGUUUCCUUGAAAUCAGCAGCACGUCCUUUCCUUCCAUGCAAGCUUCCUGAGAAGCUUGAGGUUGAAAAAGUUGUGAGCAUUGAUCAGUUGAAGAAAAAAGUUUCACCAGCGUUGUUCUAUAAAGAAACUUACCUAGGAGCAAAAGAAGUGUUGAAGAACGGCAUGUACUGUAGCCUUUAUGAAGUUGUGGAGAAGUCCCGUUCUGGUAGUCACUUGGAGGGUUUACUUCAAAAACUAGAGAAAGAGAAACUUGUUCUUGUGAAACCACUUCUGGACAGAGGAUUUCUUUUUCUUCUUUCUCCUUGGCAAAUGAUGUCCCCUUAUGACCACCAAAUUGGACGGUCCCGCAUGCUACAUGCGUUAUUUCUGUUUCCAGAACCUAGAGGUAUAAUGAGCUCAAGUAAUGUUCCAUUUGGAACACAGAAAAAUUCAACUACCGUGGUGUUGCACGAAAAUCAGGAAAUCAUUCCAGAAUUCACAAAGUUUAUUCAGUCUCUACAUUUUGCUUUAAUCCAGUCUCGUAAAGACGCUACUGCAGAUUUCAAUGCUGUUGUGGAAAGGUAUAUAAAUGAGUAUUUGAAAAGAUGCUGUAGUGGCUCUGGAAACUAUAGAGAAUUUGUAUUAUAUCGGUAUGAAUCACGGUUGGAUGACAAAAAAUUUCUUUAUUCUGCUCCAAAAAAUAAAUCUCAUAUUGACAGCUCCUUGCAAAACUAUAUUUUUGGUUGUGAGGCAUAUCAACUACCUGUUUCUAGAGCUAAGGAACUGAUGGAGAGAAAUCGGAAACUUCAACAGUUCAGUCCCAUCUCAGACUAUGAAGCCACAGAAGAAGACUCUGAUUUUGCCAAUGCAAAAAGCGGGAAAAGAAUCCGUGCAAAAUAUGAAGCCACUGCUGCCAAGCAAAAACUGCCUCAUUCUGGAGAUUAUGAUCCCGAUAGACUCAAAGAACUUAUUAACUUAAUCCAGUGUAGGAAAAAAAAUGUAGGUGGAGAUUCUGAUUCUGAAGACCUUAGGAAUAAAAGUGGUCUGAAAAGGAAGCUGGAAAAACAGUCUGAAAAUUUGCGGAAAUACUUAAAAAUGAGUGAAUCUUCAGAGAACAGCUGUCAGUACGAAGGUAAAACCUCGGAUUCGCCACACUCUGUUUUCUCAGUUAAUACUGGUCUUGGUGGACAUGAUACUGACUUGAGGCAGCAAGAUGUAUCCGACCCCGCUGUUACUGACACGCAUGGCCUCAUUAAACUGCUUUUAGAAACACUAGCUAGUGCAGGACACUUGGAUUCAUCGUUGGCACGGUCUGUAAAUCAAGCUUUAGGAUUAAGCACUGAUGAAAUUGAAGAGGAUAUGAGACAAAAAUAUGAAUAUGAAUCCAUUCCAGCACAGGACAAAGAUGAUCAUGAGCUUCCUAAUACUGCUCAGGCUGAAAAUGUUAACUUUAAGGACCCACAGAGCCCAGUGAUGCUGGAAACUGACGUGGCAUGCUUACCCUACCCAGUUGAUGUUGAUCUACGGCUUUCAGCUAAUGAAGUAGGCCUUGAACACACGCUACGUUUAAAAGAAGCAAACACUGGAAGUCUAAGUAGUUUUGAAGACUACAGCCCCUGUCCUAGUACACCUAUAGAACAUGUUUAUCGCAGGCAACAUUCCAACUCAAAUAAUAUAGGAGAAAUUGGAAUGCACUGGAAACUUAUUCCAAUUACAGGAGGGGCAGGAAUAGUACAAGAGGGUCAGAUGGAAAAACAUGAAGAUAAGCGAACAGACGCACAGAAGGGAACAGCAGAAGAUGGACUUUAUACACGACAAGUGGAGAAACUUGAAGAUCAGUGUGGGCUAGCAGAUCACCCUUUUACAACUAAGCAUUCCAUUAGUGCAAUAAUAGAGACUACACUAUUAGAAGAAUAUAAUCUCUUUGCAAGAAAGAUUCAGGAAAUUUUGCAGCAAAAGAAUAUUGCAUAUGUUAGUGGUAUGUCCACACCAGUCUUCUCUGCCCGAGAGAGGAUAAUGAGACUUUCUGAAUACAUAUGUUUACAGGCAUCAGAGAUUUCUGUCCAAGAAUAUAUAGAGACACUGAGUGAAAAGUUGAAUAGCGUUAUUUUGUCCUCUUCGUGCAUUCGACAUACUCCAUCAAUUUAUUCUAGUCCUGAAUCAGCAGAAGUGGUUAGUAACGCAGCACUGAAUCCUGCACCCGACACCGUACCUGUUUGCAGGGACUCUGACAUGGCAUUGUUAUCAGAGCCAUUGUGUAAUAACGUGGUGGAAGAUCUGGAUUCUAACGAGCAGCGUUUGUCAAGCUUGCCUUUAGUGAAGGAGGAAAUGGAUCAUGUGAAUGCUAAAAUGGAGGAUAUGCUGACGUCUGAUCAGACCUCUUCCAGUGGUGAUCUGAUGGAGCCACCAGAAAAGACACAGAAAUCCCCAGAGAACUUAAACAUUUCAACCCAACCAGCCCUUUCUGAUUUUAUAAGCCAGUUAAAACCUGAAGUAUUUAACAGUUUGGUCAAAAUUAUUAAAGAUGUACAGAAAAACACUGUGAAAUUUUAUAUUCAUGAAGAGGAAGAAAGCAUUCUCUGCAAAGAAAUCAAGGAGUAUCUCACCAAGUUAGGUAAUACAGAGUGCCAUCCAGAACAGUUCCUUAAAAGAAGAGCUGAUUUAGAUAAACUGUUGAUAAUUAUCCAAAACGAAGACAUCGCCAACCUCAUCCAUAAGAUUCCUGGCUUAGUAACUUUGAAGAGGCUUUCUUGUGUCAGCUUUGCGGGUGUUGAUAGUUUGGAUGAUGUGAAAAAUCACACGUACAACGAAUUGUUUGUGUCUGGUGGUUUUGUUGUGUCAGAUGAAUCUGUCCUUAAUCCAGAGUCCAUCACUAUAGAUAAACUGAAACAGUUCUUAAAGUUUCUGGAGGGUCUCAGUACCCCAGAUGGGAAAUGGCAGUGGAAAGUCCACUGUAAAAUACAAAAGAAACUUAAAGAGCUGGGGAGGUUGAAUGCCAAUGCCUUGAGUCUGCUGACCCUUCUGAAUACCUAUCAAAAGCAGCACUUGGUUGAGAUUCUGUCUUACCAUAAUUGUGACUCUCAAACUCGAAAUGCUCCAGAAUUAGAGUGUCUUAUCAGGCUUCAGGCUCAAAACAUACAACAGAGACAUGUUGUCUUCUUAACAGAAAAGAAUCUCAAAACACUUUCAAAUUAUGUUGAUAAUGGAAUAGUGGUUGCUACUGUUGAUGACUUUAUGCAAAAUUUUAAAAGUCUCGUUGGCUAUCACAACUCGGUUACUGAAGAAAACAGCCUUCCUCUCUCUGAUGCUCACAAAAGACAAUCAGUUCUUGUAGAAAACGAUGAAAAGGAUGAGGAGGACAUGUCUCUGGAUUCAGGGGAUGAAACAUCACAAAUAGAAAUCUGCAAUGAUGCCUCUAAGUAUGAUACUCACUUGGAAGCUUUGCAGACAGAGGCCAAGGGCUCACAUGGAGCAGAUGCAAAAGAAAGCUGCUCAUCAGUUACAGAGUUAUCUCCUGAAGCACAAAUUGGCUUGAUGGAAAAGACUUCUAAAAUUGACUUGGAAGAGAUACAACCAAUUACUCCAGUUUCUACAACAUGCUCUGUUGAAGCAGAAAAACACAAUUCAGUUGAACAAGCUCCUUUCAAUAACUUCCAAGUUUAUAGCAGACAAUUAAACAUGUCCCAUCAGUUCAGUCACUUUAACGUGCUCACUCAUCAGACUUUUCUGGGAACAACAUACCAAAUUUCUUCUGCAAGUCAAAACCAAGAAGGGGGCAAUUAUUUUCUAUCUGCUUACAGUCAGAGCAUGGAUACAGACAAGUCGUCAUCGCCUGGUGGCUGGGAUAUAAAUUGUGAUUCUUCUAGGCCAUAUUCAAAACAGAAAUAAACUCCUAAGUCUUUUUAUAAGUUGCUGUGGACUUUUCUGUUUCUAAAAUGGUGGAUUAACAAUUUCUAUUUUAUUCUGGAACAAAAUGUUUCUUGUCCUUUAUCUCAAAUGUUUUCUUGUCUUAUUUAAAUUCUGAUGGCCUGUACCUGAUGGAAGCAUCUGAAAAUUGAAAUAAAUAUAUAUAUUUUUUAACAUUUACUGUACUUGAAUUAUCUUGU